AUGGAAUAUUAUGAAAUGCGUCAUAUGAAUGCUUGGGAUCGUGCUCACUCGCUGAUAAACAAUGGCACACUGACUGUGGCAGUGUUGGGUCUGCUCGUGGACUUAGAACCUCAGGGGAAGCUUCAUGUGGUAAUUGAAUUAAAAUGGGCCGAACCAGAAGAUGGAAAUAUCCGCCCUCGAGAAUUCAGGGAACGGCAGGGCUUCAACCGCCGGCGGGGAGCUAUGAGGAGGCGUGUUCAUCAGGUCAAUGGUCACAAGUUCAUGGCUACUUUCCUACGACAGCCAACCUUUUGUUCGCACUGCAGAGAUUUUAUAUGGGGAUUAGGGAAACAGGGUUACCAAUGUCAAGUAUGCACCUGCGUCAUCCACAAGCGGUGUCAUCAGUCCGUCGUCACACGAUGCCCAGGAAGCAAGAGUAUAGAAACGACCUCAGAGGAGCCAUCAGUGAAGGGAAGUGGUCAGCAGCGUUUCAAUGUCAAUGUGCCACACCGGUUUUCUGUUCACUCGUACAAGCGGUUUACUUUCUGCGACCAUUGUGGUUCACUGCUCUAUGGCCUUAUCCGUCAGGGUCUCCAGUGUGAAGUAUGCAAUAUGAAUGUUCACAAGAGAUGCCAGAAAAAUGUAGCGAACAAUUGUGGGAUAGACGUCAAACAGUUAUCUGAAAUCCUCACAGCCAUGGGAAUACGUCCUCAAGAUGAACCAGGGAAACGCAAAAAGAAAUCAAUCAGUGAACCAUCCAAAUUACCAACAUCAGCUUCAGCCUCUGUGAGUGUCCCGGGAAGCAUUAGUGAAAUUGAAGAGCUGGGAACAAUGAAGGAUGAGGAACUGAGACUAAGGAUCGAGGCUCAGAGAAUUAUGGAACUGAAGAUGAAAGAUCGAUGUCCAGAGGAAGAACAAGAUACGAGGCCGAGAACACUAGACACUGACUUAGACAUGGUGCUCGGUGGGAAGAAGCUCGGGUUAGACGACUUCAACUUCAUCAAAGUACUGGGCAAGGGCUUUGGCAAAGUUAUGUUAGCUGAACUAAAAGGAACGGAUGAAGUUUAUGCUGUCAAGGUGCUGAAAAAAGAUGUUAUCCUUCAAGAUGAUGAUGUAGAAUGUACAAUGACUGAGCGGCGCAUCUUGGCACUUGCUGCCCACCACCCUUUUCUCACCGCCCUCCAUUCUUGCUUCCAAACCAAGGAUCGGUUAUUCUUUGUAAUGGAAUAUGUCCAUGGUGGUGACCUCAUGUUCCAGAUUCAGAAGGCUCGCAAGUUUACUGAACCUCGUGCAAGAUUUUAUGCUGCUGAGGUUACGCUAGCUCUACAGUUUCUUCAUAAAAAUGGUGUAAUUUACAGAGAUUUGAAAUUAGACAAUAUUCUUCUAGAUAGUGAAGGCCAUUGUAAGAUAGCAGAUUUUGGAAUGUGUAAAGAAGGGAUCAGGGAGAGUAUAACCACCACCACCUUCUGUGGCACCCCAGACUACAUAGCACCAGAGAUCCUAAAAGAACUAGAUUAUGGGGCCAGUGUUGACUGGUGGGCGUUGGGUGUCCUCAUGUAUGAAAUGAUGGCUGGCCAGCCUCCGUUUGAAGCUGACAAUGAGGAUGACCUAUUCGAGUCCAUCUUGCAUGAAGAAGUUUUGUACCCAGUUUGGCUCUCCAAGGAGGCAGUAUCCAUUUUAAAAGGGUUCAUGACAAAGGAACCUUCAAAGCGAUUAGGGUGCGUCUUGGAGCGUGGUGGUGAAUUGGCAAUCCGUAACCAUAAAUUCUUUCGUGAAAUUGACUGGGAGGCACUUGAAUUAAGGAAAGUGAAGCCUCCAUUCACACCUAAACUUAAGGGACGUAAGGACGCUGUCAACUUCGAUGCAGAGUUUACUAAGGAAGAACCAACCCUGACAUUCAUUAAUGCAGAGGUGGUGCGUGCCAUUAAUCAAGAUGAAUUUAGAGGAUUCUCUUUCGUUAACAAAGCAUUUAAGUCAACGGCGGCUACACCGUGUCAGGCCUAAGUUAGUGCAGCAGAGUACAAAGUGCUAAAGUCUCUCCUGGAAUUUUGAAAGCCCAAAAAUUGGAAAACUCAAUAUUCUUUCAGAGGAGACUUUUAAAUCAACCAGGUGAUCAAAGCUAUAUAAGCAAAGAAUAAUUUUUUAACCAUUUUAAAUGCACAAAGAGUUGGAUGUCAACAAGCACAACAGAAAAUAGGUGUAUUGCAGUUAUUUCUAUAAUACUCUUAUGAUGGAUAAUUUUGGUAAAGUUUUAAAGCGGAAGAUCUCUGAGCCUAUAGGUUACAAUAUUUUUUAAAUGAAUAUAUUUCAUUAUGGAAAGAUAUUUCACAGACAAGAUGUAGAAUGCUUUUUUUAUUGUGAAUAGUAUUUAUAUAGUAUUGUCAGUGCAUGACGUAUCUCAAAUGUAAUGCAACAGUAAAAUGUUCAUAAAGAAUUUUACAAAAGAGGUGACCAAUUGUUUAUUUAUUUUUUGCUAACUUCUCUCAGUGUAAUGUUAGGAACAUGAAUGCCAAUCUUUUAACUUCCAUUACUGGAGGUUUUAAGCCUAUUGCAUUUUUGACGCAAUGAGCAGCUCUGAUCAUUCAAUAGGUGUCCAGCAAUGAUUGCAGUGCAGUGAAAUUGAAAAUACUACCCAAUGAUAAGAUUUGCUCAUCAAGUGUCAGAUAGUAUCAAAUGAUUCAAAGUUACUAGUGACAAAGUAGACAAAACUGGUCACUACUAGUUUCAGGUCUGGCUUCGAAGGAAGUGCAGUUGUGCUCGAGGAAGGAGCAAAUGAAAGGAGCUUAAAGUUAAUAGUUUCCAAUUAACCUUUAUAUAUAAAUGGAGAGAUUACCCUUCCAGUAAUAGAGCACUUUAUCUGAGAAAAGGUGCUAUGCUAUGUGAAUAUGCAGGAGCCUAAGCGAUGAUGUUUUCGUGAAAAUGCUCUGCCAACUACUGAAGAGCCACUUUCUUGGCUGUAUUACUCAGUUUUUCCUAUUGAAAACAAACACCAGAGUUGGACAAGGGCCUCGGGUACUCACGAAACAGGUGAGGAAUUGGAUGUUAAUUUGUGCUGCUUGCAUUUGCUUGUCCAGGGCAACGACUGCAACCCCUAGUAACUCUUAUCUACGCACAGUUUACAAUCUUGUGAUGAGAGCAGCUUUUUGUGAACCUUUUAGUUGUACUAGGUAAGACUGUUCUCCUGUGUUAUGAAGAGGACAAUGGUACUUCUUAAAUGCGGCUUCGAAGUUCACCAUUGGUGUUCCCAUCAGCAGUGUACUACAAACAUGCAGUUAGUGGAUAAACUAUACUAUUGUAGCCAACGUGGUAAUGUGCUUUUAUAGUUCACAAAAUGGCAUACAAUUACUGUGUGUGUCUUCUCUAUUUCCUUGGCAGUUUUAAUAAGGGUUUGAUGUUACUGAGCUUUUGACAAGACAUGGAAGGUUUUACCUUAAAGUUGCAGCCACAACUGAUUAAGGUCCACAAUUAUUGAUUCACGUAUUGAGCUUAAACCAGUAUUGCAUUUCACAUAAAGAAAAGGAACAAAAGUUCUCCACCCAAUAUAGUAAUGACCUAAUAAGAAGAUAGGGAACUGAAAGAUUAUGUACACAGAAAUAUGUUAUUCUAAAUGCAUAGUAGCAGGGGACAGAAAUCCCCCCACCCCCAUCCUACCCUACCCCUGAAUGUUGGUGUGUAUGCGCAUAUAUGUAACAAGUCCCAGGCGGUGAUGUGUGUGUGUGUCGCAGCCUUAUUAGAGGUUGUAGAUCAGCCCUGUAGCCAAGAUAGCCAUACAGGCUACGUCGUCUACCACUCGGUGGCAUCUCCCCAAAAAACCAGGCAACUCACUUUAAUUAAUAGAUCACUCUGUAACAGGUUAAUCCCCUUUGCAAUUCACUUUUUAAACAUUCAUAUGGUGACAAUACAAUUGAGGUGCUGAUUUUAUAAUGUACUGUAAUUACUAAUGAAUUUACUGUAUCAAAACCCUUUCUAUUAAAGGUGUAUGGUAAAUGGUGGGAGUCAACAGUGUCAGAGACUUGCAAUGAGUUAUUUCUUUAAUUGUGACAUAUGAUACUGUAUUGAGACUCUCUGUACUGGUGAAGUAGCCCAGACUAGGCUAAUAUUGGCUAUGGUCUCAGGUUAGUGAAUUAAGCCAGUGAUGCUGCGACCCGUCACCGCUGUGUCCUCUAGCAAAUCUUCCAAUUGUUUAUGCCUGUUGGUUAUUUUAUUUUUUGGUAGUGUGGUGGUGUGAUGUGUGGGCAGCGAGGUGUGGGCAAGUCUCCCCCAGCACUGCCCGGUGCUUCUCUGCCUUGCACCUGCGUGUGCCCACAAUAUUGCUCCAAGCCUGAUCUCUACUCCUGGCCCACCUCUGGUCUGGUUGGGAGCAGAGAAACUAGGUUGUAUGUCAAUGUGCCACUGGGGGCCCAGGUCCAGUCAUGAGUGUGGCCCCCAGCUGGCCACUCAAACCACUCUUGUCAUCUGCCUUAUCGUCUUUCGCACAAAGAAGGAAUUUUGUUGUGACCGGUGGGUGAGCGUGAUGGAGGACAGGCAGUGCUCCGUCUCCCCCAGGUGGCUGGUGCCACUGUGAUCACUGGCUGCCCUAGGCCAUACUUAUAGCCUAUGCACCACAAGCCACACCUGCUGUCUGUGUGUGCAAUAUUGUUUGACCCUGGGUUAGAAGGGGAUUUGUUAACCACUCCUAACCCUCGGGUCAAAUUUGGUGUGGUGUCGUGUUGCAUCCACCCUCGCACACCUACCACCAAGGCAGUGUUCUCCAACCAUUCUUGACUCAUUACUAUAUCUCAUAGCCCAGAAAACAUUGGUAUUACAACAAGGCCAAAGAUAGUAGAUAAUGUACUGGUAGGAAAAAAAAAAAGAAUCAAAUCAUGUAGUGUGCAGUUUUACUGUCUUCAUUGUUUGUGUUGUGGUCAAAAUCUGCAUUGUUAAGUAGAUAGUUGUCUUGUGAGCUGCUUACAACCCAGCAAAACCAGGAACGCUUGUUUGUUUGCAGUCCAACAGACAGUCAUGGCCAGACAGCCUUUUGCAGCGGUUUUAAAUGCCAUACAAGCCUCCACCAUUGUUGGGGAAUUGUGGUGCAUGCAACACACAAACUGACCCGAUGCAUGGUGAAGGUGAACGGAGUCUGCAAAAAUUCUGACAGCAUGUGAGAGACUGUGAUGUAGACUGAGCAUCCUGGUCAGGUGAGAGAUGCUAUUUUUGCUGUUGUCUGCCAGUGAGUGGCUGCUGUAUGCUGUGAAGCUGAAAACAAUUGCAUGCACAGCAGAAGCAGCUUUGUUUCUCUGCUGAUGUCAUAGCUGGCCUGCUUUAUUAAAAAAACAUGUAAAACAAGCAGUGUACCCACCAUUAAUGCUCUGUAGAAGACACUGUGUUCAUUAGUCCAGUAUAGCAGUCAGUGGCAUUUACUCUACAGUGUGCAGUGGAGAAUGACCUUUUCACCUCACUGCCAGAGUGGUCUCUGAUAGCCCAGCCUGAUUUGUAUGCUGGACUAUGAUUUUCGGCUUUGCCAGUGACAUGCCCUACUGACUUGACACACACUGCAGCACUUGGUAGGGUUAAGCCUAUUGUACAGGAGUGCUACACUCGGUGUCCAGUCUCGUAAUGUAUUGGAAAAUGCUAUUCGUAGUAUCUGGUAUAUUUGCCUCCCCCUGUGCCAGAUGUGAGCACCAAGAGGUAAUAGAGAGUUUUCUCUCUGUUGUCACUAGUUUGUGCAUCUUGAAUCUCAAAAGGGGGGAAGGUACUCUAUAAAAUCCUUGGUGGUAUCUGGGCCCUCACCCCUGUUAUGCCACUCCAGGCUCAGCUGCUGCUGUAGGCUGGAAGCUUACAGAAGUAAUUUGCAUCUUUCUAUUUUAAAUGGUGCAGGCUCGGGCCCAAAUUCUGCAACAGUUGAACACGGUAAAGGAAAAUUCUUUUUAUAUUCUAUAAAAUUUUUGUAAUCGGCUCUAUGAUGGUCUAAUGAGUAUUUAAUAACCAUGUGCCUGUUUCAGAAAAUGGGGCCAAAUUAGUUGAGGUUGCACAGUAUGGGCUUCUGUAAGUCAUAAUCUUUUAAUGGCAGCGGCUUGGAAGGAAAGUGGUGGCAGGGAGAAGUGUUGGGAUCCCGAUUUCCCUUGGGGCUCUAAUUUACCAUGGAGUCCAACUUAAAGUAGGGCCCAACUUACUGUGGAACUUGACUCGCUGUGAGUCUCAACUCUCAGUGAGUCUCAACUCACAGUGGGGCUGGACUCACUGUGAUCGUCAGUAUUCUUCUCUUCCUCAUCAUCUGGGUGCUCUAGGGUAGGGCUGGUGCACAAAACAAAUGCGGUGUACAAAAUAUUUGCAUAGGAUGCAUUUUUGCUGUAUGCAUGUGCGAUCUGGCAGUAUCAUCCCUCCUACUCUUCCUCUUCCUGAAGUCCUUCCAUCUGUGGUGCUUGUCUGUUGCAGCACCUGUUGCGAUAUAAGGUUGGACAAAGCACCAUACUUUUAAGUUGCCUCUUCCUGUUCAGAGCACCCAGCCUAUGUUGGAUACAGAACACCUCAUUCCCCUAACCCUUGCAAUCCCGCCCUGUAAUACAAUCAUUCAUGUUGUCAUUGGUAUUGUACUUAAUUGCAUUUUCAUUACUUUAGUUUGGAUCUUAAGCCAAAGAGAUUGAUGUUAGCUGUAGAUUGAUAGACAUUUUAAUAGAUACAUGAAUUGUUCCCAUAACUAUUCUAUUUGUAAAUGUUGGUCUGAGAGAGUGUGAGUGGAUGUUUGUGUGCAUGUUUGCUGCUGAGCUGUGGUGGGUUGGAAAGAAGGACCAAGCAGGUUGGGUCUAUGGCACAGGUUUAGGUGAUGAGGUAGACUUGUACUGUACCAGAUGUAAUUCAUGGGAACAACACAAAGCAAAUUAGCCAAUCUGUCUCAUGAAUGAGAACCUUUGGCAUUAUGCUGUUCCUGCAUCUUCUGAGAAAAUGUAACCUUGAGUACACUACAGUUCACCAGUGACCUUGUUCAAAAAGCCAACCUGGACCUGCAAGUGAAAUGUAUGAGCCUUCAGCCCAACUCCAACAAGGAAUGUAGAGCCUAUUGCCCAGCUUCUUCUGAUAUACAUGACUCUGCACUGUGUGUUGGUGCCUCAGUCAGGUUGCCUACAAGACUCCUGAGCUUUGGGUCAACCCUCUUCUACCCAUGGACCACUGUGCCAAAAUCAACUGUCUCCCUCACUUCAAAGAUCAGUGUGCCCGUCUGUGUAAUAUUCUGAUUACUGUAAUGAUAUGUCAAUGGGUAUUUUUGUCUCCUAAAAAAUACUUAUGUCUUUCUCUCGGCUGAUUGUAUGAGAAGCGUGAUAUAAAUAUAUUUAAGUGUUCGA